AUGGGAUUUAUAGAGUUCUUCAAGGAGUUUUUUCUGGGGUUUUGGGACUAUGAGACACCGAAGAUAAUGGUAGUGAAGAACAGAAGACUGGGCGUUAUUUACAGAGCUGUACAAUUACUGGUCAUCACAUAUUUUAUUUGGUAUGUGUUUAUCAGUCAAAAGGCAUAUCAGGACACGGAGACGAGACCAGAGAGCUCGGUCUACACCGAGAUGAGGGGCAUGGGAAUGCUGGGAGACAGCGUGAGGGACACGACAGAAUACGUCACACCAUCCGAGGGUGGUAAUGUCAUCAGCACAAUUCUACAGAGGGAGGUGACGUACGACCAAAGACAGGGAAAGUGUGCUGAGCAUUACAACGUGCCCAACGCAAACUGCACAACAGAUGCUGACUGCGUCAAGGGUGAGCUGGACUUUGGCGGUCAUGGGCAGAGAACAGGACGGUGUGUGUCUUACUACAACUACACAUUCAAAACCUGUGAGAUCAGAAGCUGGUGUCCCAUUGAAGAGUUUGCUGCAGUGAGGGAGCCAGCACUGGUGGAAGCAAUCAACUUCACUGUCUUCAUAAAGAAUGCCAUCCACUUCCCAAAGUUCAAAGUGCUCAGGGUAAACAUCAAACCGAGAAAGCCUAAGAAACUCCUGAAAUGUCAUUAUCACUCGAAGACGAGCCCUUACUGCCCUGUGUUUAGACUGGGCUACAUUGCUGAGCAAGCCAGAGAAAAGUUUAGCGAACUCUGCAGAACUGGUGGGGUCAUCGGUGUGUUCAUUAACUGGAAGUGUGACUUCGACGUCGACCCAUCAGCAUGUAUUCCCAGUUAUUCAUUUAGGAGGUUGGACCUCAGGAGAAACCUACCCAGCUCUGGGUACCACUUCAGGUUUGCCAAGUACUAUUACAAGGAUGGUGAGGAGUACAGAUCGCUUAUAAAAGCUUAUGGGAUUCGUUUGGACAUCAUCGUACAUGGACAUGCAGGAAAAUUUAGCCUCAUCCCCACCAUCAUCAAUACAGUCACAGCCAUGACAUCAGUGGGAAUAUGCUCUAUUAUCUGUGACUGGAUCAUGCUGACGUUCAUUGACAAGAACGAGGUCUACAGUGAGAGGAAGUUUGAUGAUACAUCUAAGGAGUCCAGCCCACCUGCAGUGACACAGCUCACAAUCUCAAGCUAUGGCUCCACCCACUCUGACCUCUCAGAGGGCGUGCCAUUGUGAAACCCUGCCCACCGUUACCCCCAGUUACUGAGGUCACGCAGAAACCCUGACCAUGACAAGAAAACAAAACAUGAACGAAAGUCUUAGGUAAAGGACUGGGUUAAAAAGCAAAGUAAAACCAAACCGAACCAGACAAACAAACAAAAACAAUAUAGUCCCUGCUGGAACACCAGACAGCAGGCAGUCUGCAGUGGUCUGCUCAGCAAAGUCGCCUUCUGUUUUUUCUGGCUUCAACAUGCAGCAUCUAACACCACAUAUCAAAUAAUCUUAA